UGGCGGAAAACGACAGAAGUGUGGCGUCGCGGUUGUUCGUUUGUUUGACAUGCUGCACAGAUGCUGUUCCGUUUCCAUUCAGUAGAACUAGCAUUCGCGCAACGUAGUGCUUGAAAUGUUCUCUUCAUUUAUUGUCGAGCAUCAUCCAUAUCUUACUGCACCUGUAUAAGUACGCUUGGUGGCCACUUUUACGUGAUCAUCUGUCUUGCUGAGCCAUGAGCGCCGAGGCCGGAGAUGGCGAUGGUCCGCAGAGUUCACUAGAACCUCCGGACAAUCCCGCUUGUCCGAAAUCCAUACCUUUGUGCAGUCUUGUGGAAGACGGCCUCUACCUCGGUGGACGAGACGCUGCUGAAGACGAGGAAUUGAUUCACGGUUUCGGCAUCACUCACGUUCUUACGGUGGACACGUAUCGGCUCAAAUUUGAGGGAAAUGUCGUCUGCUUGUACCUGUACGCCGAAGACAGGGCCGAAGAGGACUUGCUUAGUCGCUUUCAUGAGGCCUGUGAAUUCAUCGAAAAGGGACAACAGAACGGCGCGUGCUUAGUGCACUGUCGCUUUGGUGUAUCGAGGAGUGCGACAUUGGUGGCCGCUCAUCUCAUGCGAAAAUAUGCCUUAGAUUAUGCUGAAGCGCUGCACAAACUGAAGGAAAGGCGUGCCUGCAUUGGACCAAAUGCAGGCUUUGUGGCUCAGCUGAAGCUUUUCCAAAAAAUGGGGUACAAAGUAGACAAGGCAGACCUGCAAUUCAAGCUCUUUCUCUUGGAGCGGCUUUCUCAUUUGGCAAAGAAAGCUGGCUCAUUUUAUGCUGUGCCAUGUGAAGUGAAGAGCUUCUGGACUGAUCAAGACAAGUCUAGUGGGGAAUGCUUGAGGUGCAGGAAAUGUAGGUUUACACUCUGCUUCACAUCGAAGAUUGUGCCUCACACACCAGGCUACAGCAUUGCCUGGUGGGACACUCGCUGGAAGGAGCCGGAAGAGAGGCUUUGCCAAACAAGCAUCUUUGUUGAGCCAACAGCCUGGCUCUUCAACCAAGCAAGGGCACUCCAAGGAAGGUUAACCUGUCCAAAUUGUCAUGGCAAGCUAGGAAACUACAAUUGGUCAGGGCUGUAUUGUGAGUGUGGAGCUUGUGCACAGCCAGGCUUUCAUAUCACGCCAAGUAAAGUGGACAGGGCUGUUGGUGCAUCAGAGCCUGUCAAAGCCUACCUGCGGCACAGACACAGGCCUGCCACGAGUGAGUGUGGGCCCGCUUACAGUCGCCUAGAGGAAGAGCCUGACGACAGAGAGACCGACCCCCCGUCCACCUAUAAAAGCCUGCAAGAUGAGCCUGACAGUGGUAAUGUGGAGCUCAUAUCUGCCUGCUGUCAGUUGGAGAAGCAGCCGGAAUGCGACAGCAGUGAGCAAGUCUGUGCCUGCAGUCAACUCGAAGAUGAACAGCAUGAUGUGCACAGCUUUGAAAGUGCAUUGGUCGCUAACUUACAUGAGUCAAACGAGGAGCAACACGAUGGUAGAGGAGGGGAGCAUCCAAGAACAAACUAGGCAGCAUCUCAAAGCAUUAAUUUGUUGAAAGGACAAGGCAGCAAGGAUUGGCACAGGAAAGAAGGCCUAUGGGCAUUGUAAACAGUUCUUCUAUGAAGCUUUUUUUUUCUACCACAUUGUUUUGUGGUUUCUACCCUUAACUGACAAUUUCUGUAAAUGAAAAAUGCACGAAAUACUGUUGUAUGAGACUAUGAAUGUUAUGAACUGACUAGCUGCUAAGUUAGCAGUAAUCACGCAUGUGAGAGCAUCCUCUUCUUUUCAUUUUUGGUCAUAAGUAGGCUUUGCAUUUUGCUCAGAAAAAUGAAGGUCAACAUUCCAUUACCAUCACUUUUUUUAUUUUUGACUCAAGUCACAGAUGAUGUUAAGCCCAACUCCAGCCUGUCUUGGAAAGGCCAGAAAUAAUUUCCUGUGUUGACAUUGCUUAUAUCAGUACACACUGGCUGUCACAUGGUCAGUGUUCCGUGACAAAUGUUCCACCUAUGCUGAGAUUCAUGUGAUAACUGCCAGGCAAGCGAAAGUUUUCAGCAAAGCAAUGAUGGGGUAGUGAAUGACUUGCUGACUUGCAUGUGAUGGAGUGAAUAUAGAGUUGUUUGCAUGAGUUUUUCUGUUUUGAAUGUGCCAGUAAAGCAGAAGUGUUUAAUCAAGCAGCAGGAAUCAUGAUCAAUACAUGCUCAAAAAUGAGGUUUAAUGAUAUAAGAGAGUACAUGUACUUUUAUUUAUUUUAUUAUCAUGCUUUGUGCAUGCUCUCAUUGCAUGUAAAUGCAGUUCUUUGCACCUUCAAGUCCAGAUUUAGCCCUUCAGAUCUAGUCCCUUGUUCUGAUAGUGACAUAACCUCACGGGGUGAGCAGUUGCAAUGCCUGUGAACAACGGAGCAACAUCCCAUGGCUCUCCAAUAGUGUCAGCGACUGUACAAGACUGUUGCAUCAUAAGAUUUGACUGUGUAAGGCUACGAUGCUUUAAUACUUUCAUGCUCUUUAUGACCUACAAUGCAACAGCGCCAGUGGAACAUGUUGUAGUUCAUAGGAAAGUGAUGUGCUGUAAUCGCAUCACAUCACACAUCACUUUAUUACUUUAAAGACCCCCAAUAUGGGGGUAUUACAUAAGGGGUGGGUACAGGAAUAAGUAAUCAUAUGUACAAAAAAAAAUUAUUGGUUAAAUAUGGCAGUUAUACAAUCAGAAAAUAUAGAUCGACAGGUGGUUGCAGUGACGUCAUGUGGAAGGCCAUUCCAGUCUAUGGCUGAGCAAGAAAGGAAUGGUGCAGCAAACGUUGUAGUAUGAGCACGUGGACAGGCAAAUUGCAGGGGAUGACCAACGCGGAGUGAAAUUCGUACCAGAGAGCUGAUGUAGGGCAGAAUACGAAGUGAGCUGAAAAAAAAACAACUUAUGGAACAAGCACAUACUGGCGAUUCAAUGACGAAAAACAAGAUUUGUUAAACCGGAUUUCACUUUUAAAGAUGAUAUCCUGGUACUGUAUGAAUAGCAUGAAUGAAUUAAUCUAGUGGCUCGAUUGUGUAGUUAUUCUAGUGAAGUUAUCAGACAAAUUUGGUUAGGGCUCCAGAUAGGGGAUGCAUAUUCUACUUUUGUUCGUACCACGGACAUGUAUGCCAGAAGUUUCACGUUCGGCUUAAAAAACCAAGGCUUCUGUUAGCUGAUGAUAGUAUGUUUGUGACAUGCGCAUUCCAAGUUAGGUCUUCGCACAAGGUUACGCCCGCGUAAUUGUAAGAACUGGUUAAUUCCACUGCAACGCCAGGAUUAAGUAAUGCAUAACAAUGCACAAUUGCAAAGACUGCAGGGAAGCCAUCUGAUAUCACAUAGUACAUUCAUCACUUGCUGAUACCACUGGGCAACACAUUGACUUUUGAAGUAAGCUCAGUUGUUGUUCAUACUGCAUGGCAAAAGUGCACUCGCAAAGCAUGGGGCACAAACUACCAAUGACAUGGCACUAUGCAACCUCUAAUACAUUGCUUUACCAGCUGGUAAGCCAUGUGUUCAGUGCCAUUAAAAAGAAGGCAGUGUAUAGGGACAACCUAUUGGUGCAGCUUCGCAUCAUGAGAAGGUUUUAAAUAAAAAUGACCUGCUGCUCAUGGAAAUUUGUAGAUGAAACUGUGUCACGUGAAACUGAACAGAUGAUUUAAUGUUUACACUCUUCAUUUUUUGCAUCUUUUUACAAUGCUUGCAUUCACUAUUACAUUUCUUUAUACUCAGUAAUAAUGCUCAGCACAAAACAAGUUACAUCUAGAAAGCAGAGCAGAACAAGGGUGCAAACUACAAUAUUGCGAAGUGCACUCGGGGUGAGCCGUCAUCUUGCGAAUAACGGUGCUCAAUAACCACCACAUAAGUUCAUUUCUCAGUGAGAAUGUGAAUAGGCGCUAGUUAAAGACAUAAUUAUACAUUAUAUUUAGUGGUAGGGACAUAAAGUGUAAACCUUGGAUUAAACAGGUGUUUGACAAAGUAUUCACUAACUUUAUUUGCUGGCUUCAUUUGCAAGUUAAGCUGCUGGCCACAUUCAGGUGCCAAGGCAGCUUGUUACGUGCAUAUAGGGUACAAGAGCAAACAAAAAAGUUCACAAAACAACAUUUUAAUGUUAGUAAACUGAUAACAUAAGCACAAAAUAUCAGUGAAGCUAUAUAAUGUGUGGAAAGCAAACGAAAAUGACAUACAUAAAGUGUGCAAGGCAGCAAAUUUUCAAAUGUGUGCAAGCAUUUUCGUUUUUAAUACAAAUUGACCACUUCUCAUUCCAUUUCUGCUCAGCUGGAAAAUUAAAACAAUAUUUCCAAUAAUCGUGAAGGGCUGAAUGAGCAGGCACCCACCAUGACAGCUUAGUGGCUAUGACAUACUUUUGCUAAGCAUGUGGCUUGACACCUUGCUUUAGUGGCUGCAUUGCAAAUCAGGUGGAAUUUCAAAAAAUGCUCAUGUAUAGAGCUUGGGAAACACAUUUAAGGAACCUCAGGCUGUCAAAAUCAAUAUGGAGCUGUACACUGCAGCAUCUCUCAUGCACAGCAGGUGUAAUUGCAGGUGUACCGCAUUACUGGGGUCUGUAUUGUGUAUCAUUAUCGUCAAAAUACAGGUCUAUUACCUGAACCUGUGUUUCAAGUGAAACCAUAUUUCCUAUUGCAGGAAGAUUCAUUAUUGUAUAGAUUACCAUAAACAGGAAGCAAUUACUAAACUGGUAUUCGUUUGUAUAAUUAAUUGGGCCUGACCUAAUAAGGAAUGUUUGAGUUUUAGGCUGCCUACAGGUUAUUAUCUUGAAUUAUGCAAAGCAAUGGCCGUGUUGUUCUCGUGGUUACCUCCAUGUUUGCAUCACAGGGUGUGUAGUUUUAGUCUAUGUUAUCUCUGAGUGAUAAGGGCACACUGCUUAGACUUGAGAGCACUCCUUUUUCUGCCUGUAAAUACUUACUCAUUAUUUAAAUUUAUUUGUUUUCAUUAUUUCUUUGUCAUAUAGCCAGUUAAGCUUACCACGUUGCAUCUAGGCAUUUGCUGUUUGUCUUUUAUUGCAUUGAUGACCUUCCUCACAUUAUUUAUUUGCAACCUAUUUGAAUACACCUUUGUUUAGAUUUCGCAGUAGACAACCUUAGGAGCUUUGGAAGAUAAGAAAGUGAGCUUUUACCCUUUUGCCCAUUACAUCCAUAGUUCUCAACUUUUUACAAAUAGAUGUUUAAUAUUCAAUUCUGUAUUUGGAGUCAUUUGUUCUUAAAUAUUUAUAUUGAACUUUAGUUGCAAGAUUACUCGUAAUAAAGUGCCCAUCAUUCAGUGUAAGUGCCCCAAGUUUCUAAAAUUAAAAUGAUAUCCAUGCUCUAAAUCAGUUUUAGCACAUCUUGUGCUGAUUAAAAGAGCUGAAUAACCUGUCAUGUUGGCGCUGGCCACUAGAGCCACUUAGAUCAUACAGAAGGUGUGGCUGUGUUCUUAACUAUAGUAGCUUAGAACCUCUGGCCAAGCACUAGCUCUGCUUACUGAGCUACUUUAUCUGGCAUGCUGUGUGAAAAAAAGAAAAGUUUCCAUAUACCACUGCAAGAUUUUCUUUUUAUUUGAUGGCAGGUAACCUUGCUUCACUACAAAAAUAAAUAAGAAUAUCUGUUUUUGUUUGCAUUGUGAUAACUGAUAUACUGGCUAUGUGCACUGGAAAUUCUAAUGCAUUAGUAGAUAUAACCUGUACGAUGUUAGGGAAAAAGUCAUUGGGAAAGACAUCUUCAUGAAGUUUCUGUUGAGUUGACACAUCACAAUGGUUUGAAUGUGAAGAUGUCAUCAUUGCAUGUCAUCUAGUGAUGUGGUUACUUUGCUUCAGAGACAGAUUUGAGCUUUUGUGAACUGUGCAAUACAAGGGUGGGCUGAUAAGUCUUGAGCUUUACUGAAAGAGAAGUCAUUGUAAUUUUCCACUUAUCCAAAAUAUUCUCUCUGAAAGUGAGGACAAUGAAUGUUCAGCUUUUCUUGGCCUUUAGGAAAAGCAAUUGUGGUUGGCAUGAAACCAUUUAUCUGCAGCAUCUAUCACUUGUUCACAGAUGGGAAAAUGUGUGCCUUUGAAGUGUUCCUAAAGGUUAGGAAAAAGAUGCUAAUCACAGGGUCUGGCAAGUAAGGGAGAUAUUGCACCUAGUCAAAGAUGACGUCAACCAGUUUUCUGCUUCGUGAUGGAGGCUUUGUGCAGCAGUGCAUCAUCAUGCAGAAGUAACAGCCUAGCUUGGCAAUUGUCCUCAAGGCUUCUUGUCAGAUCCUGCCUGACUCUGUCAAACAGUGAUGAAUAAUGAACUGCUUUGUGUGUUAUCAUCUUCCAGAUGGUCCAUGAAAACAUUUCCAUCCUUGUCCCAAAACGCGGAUGUAAUCACCUUUUCAGUGGAUAUUUGCUCUAGGAAUUGCUUUGGACGAGGGGAACCCAAAUGUUUCCACUCUUUCGACUGUUUGGUCUUGAAAUUGUACAAAUAUAACCGUGUCUGAUCCAUUAUGAGCAGCCUACACUAACAUUGCCUUUAUCAUCUUCAAAAUGGUGGAGAAUGGCCUGAGUUGACAUGCGUUCAUAUGUUUCUGGUCAGCACUGAGGCAUUUGGGGAUCACUUGGUUGUAACCAUCAUGUCCAGCACAUCAGUGAAUAUCUAGCCUAUGCGCUGUCGUGACAAAUUAAGGGCCACUACUAUGUGUUUAGCUGAGGUCCUUCUGUUUUCCGAAACCAUUUCAUGAACAGGGUCCAUAUUUGCCCCAGAGGUCGCUUUCACAAGUCUCGCAGGACAUUCUUCAUCUUCUAUGCUGAUGUGGCCUGUACAAAAUAUAGCCACCCAUCUUUUUUUACUAUAGCAUAUGUUGCUCAGUCUCAAAAAUCUCCUUUGCAGAAUUUCCUCUUGCUUAGAGAAAUUUGAUCACUGGCACUCUUUACGAGUAAAAUGCACCGUGAUUAACACCAUCUUCUUUUCAGAAGUGAAAAGUUAAGAAAAAAAUGGCUUAAAGGGUAAAAUUUGCAAUAGUUAUGCAACAUAAUAUAUUAUGCAAGAUAUUAAGAUAUUAUGCAAGAUAAUAUAUAUUUUAAUGUAACACUGAAAUUUUUUUAUUAGACAAGGGGAUAAUGGUAAGGCUCAUGAUUUAUCAAAUCUCCCUCGUAUAUCUGUUAUCUUUAUAUUUCUUCUUUUGUCAUCUAUGCUUCAUUCUUAUGGGGGGGGGGGAAGGGGCAUCAUUUUUUACAGGUUUUUUCCUUGGUACAUUAUUGUUAAGGGAUACUGAAUUCUCAAGUCAGAAAACACUUGUGUGCACAAACAAUGUAAAAAGCUGGCUAAGGUAGAAAGCUUUCUUGUGUGUUUUAUUGAUAGUAGAUGCACUGUUAAGUUUUCAAGGAAAAGGUAAAUGCUUGCUCCUUGCUGCUUCAGCGUAGUACUCUCAAUUCUGUCUCGAGCAUUUUCAACAUGAAUGCCAUGUUGCCAAGAGCCUAACAGUGAAUUGUCACACAAAUGCCAGCAUGUGUGCAGCUGAUUGUAGCAACUGUGGAACUGAGAGCUCUGCACAAGGAUGUGAAAGUUGUGCCAGAAUUUUAUAGAGAAUGUUAAAAAAGAUUACCAGUUUCAUGACGAUGUGAAGGUGACAAGCGGCAACCUAUCACUCCUUGCCACUUUCAACUAUUUUCUCAUCUUUUUCUCUCAUACCAUAAAUAAAAUACAGAAAGCACAAUGAAAUGCUUUAUAUUUACAGUCCAUCUCCUUUUGUUUACACUACACAGGCACACUUUAUCUGCGUAAAGCUAAGGCUGCAUGCACAGGCAUCACUGUUUGAGCGGACUUGCCGUAGCAGGUUCUUAGAGCCCCUCACCAGGCCCCAUUGCAAAUUUUGGUUAUACACUGGAAGUUGAACGCACGGUCCAGGGAGUGUUUCACGAAAAAAAUUUUUUAAACUGGUUGAUUAUUAAAGGAGUUUGGAGAAAUUGAACUUUCUGUUGCCAUGCCGCCAGGAGGCGAGCGUUGCUGUUAACACAGACACUCUCUCCCUUUGCCUUGACUAGCAUCCACAAACGACAUUCCUUCCCUGCCUUCUCCUAGACCAGAGCCAAGGGACCCUUUUUUUUUUUCUUCUUUGGCUCCCUUAUUUUCUGUGAGGCGCAUUUCCAGUAGCGGCAUUGCACCUUUAUAACAUUUGAGAUAAAAAAUAAAAGAACUCGACAUUAAAAGGGUUGGGACUGUUCACUGCAAACAGACAUGAAAUCGACACACAGCGACUCUCACAGAUCGACUCUCACAGAUUUUAUCACACUUCAAAGUCAUAACACAGGAAAAAAUGCAAGCUGGGUCUCAAAGUAGUCCGGACAUCAGGCAAAACACAACAUGAAGGGUUAUGCGACACUGUGGUCCAGUGCAGGUUGUGAGGCAAGUUCCAAAACCGUAGUGACAUAGGCCCUGCAGCGGGAGGGGCUAAUGGCAAGAUGUUGUGGUCAGAUCACUUGAACGACCGAUGAGUUGAGAGGUCGCAUUUGGUGUCCCAUUGGAUGCCCGAGGAUGUUCACCAGCUUAGGACAUGAUCCACACGCCCAGGACCACCAGGGACAAGCAGGAGGAGCCCGGACCGACGUCCGGCGUAAAAAUGUCAAAUUUCAUGAAAUUUUGAGGGGCCUGAAAAAAAACUGGUUUCAUUCAUGUUUUUCUUUCAGAAAAAUAUUAAAAAUUAAAAAAAAAGAAAGACGAUUGUGCACAGAGCUAUGAAAAACCCGAUACAUUUAUUUCUCCAACGCUGAAAAGAAUAUAAUUGUUACUUUACUGCGUCACAAAAGUCCCAGCUGAGCAUUUGGGUUCAAAAUCUCUGCAUGAUUUCAUGUCAAGGCAUUGCUUUCACAACAAAGUGUCAAGACCGACAUUUGUAUCUAUCUGUGUCCAAUUCAUUUCUGCCUCAUGCAUCAACACUUUGCUGUGCAGCGGAUGAAGCCUUCUGGGCAUUGAGGCUCAAGUGCAUGUACACAAGUUUUUGCACACGAUUCCCAGUGAGCCUGUUGCGUAGCUUGGUGUGCACAUUUCCAAAGUCGGACCAGUUUUUUUCACAUGCCGUAAAAGAAGGGGGAAUCUGCAGUACACGAUAGGCAAGGGGGCUCAAGGGUUGGGUGAAGCGAAGUCGUUUCCACCACGUGGAUAGAUCCUCUUGCUUCGCAGGCUCCCAAACUCCUUCUUUUGACCCAACUUUUAGAUAGGUCGAAAGGAGUUGCAUCGCAACAGACUUCUGCGGGGAAGCUCUGCUUUUUUUUUUUUUUCCAAUUUUAUCGUGGUUGAAAAGACGAAAAAAGCGUUUUUUUUUCUUUAUAUUUUCAAUGUUUUUUCCAACCACUUACAUCUCUAUUCCGAUGGACUGCUUCUCUUGCCAGCUUCUUUUUCAAUGGAGCCUGUUUCUUGCUCAUGCCACAAAGCUUUCCUGCAUUUCUUUUUCUUUCACAUAUUUUUUUCUGUGUCAUUGCAAAGUCACGCUCAUAUGUCUGGGUCAUUGUCAUCGUCUUCAUAUUAAAGCGAUAACUCGUAUUGCAGAAAACUCGGCGUUGGCGUCCCGCAUCCAGCAUCGACCGUCUUUUUGCAAAAGAUCAUUCCAAACCAUGCAUACCCAACCACUCUCCUAUCACCAAAGUUGCUCACACCUGGUCUUUCAUUCUUUACAAAGGUAUUGCUCGGAAUUUUGAGAAUGACAGCCCACAAACAAAUGUCAUGAAAACAAAACACUCACAGUGCAUACCUUUUAUGUUGGAUCUUCCCAGACUGAAAUAUUAAAAGUGCGAAACAAUAACAGGAGAUCGGCCCAUGCAAGAAGCUGCGUUUCUGCCGGAAAGCUUGUCUUCAUGCAUAUCCUUUGCCACCGGCAUUUCCCGGUAAACGUUAUGGUUGCAUAAGCAGCAGUUGCCGGGAAGGGUGAAAAGCAGUCGGGGAUCUUUGAAUGCUGUCGCGUUCCACUCUUAAAGGUGAAGCUUAAGUGUCCUCCAAAUUUGUUUGCAAUGAUAGCAUGUGCACCUCAAGACACAACCCCCAGUUGAAGUUUCUUCUCUCUCUCUCUCUCUAUCUCUCUCUCUCUCUUUUCUGAUAGGAAAAAAAAAGCUACUCACAUAGAGGUGCAUUCACAUCAUUACAAUUCUCAUUAUAUUUCAGUCACCGUCCGAUAGAUAAUAUGGACCUAACGGGAACUGCCAGAAUGUCCGCAUGUUAGGGAGUUCUAAAUACCGGAUACGCCCAAAAAUAAGUGACUUUAUUCCACAAGUGACUAAAAAAAUUAAUUGUAACACUUCUCUCGAUGACUGUCGACAGUAAUGCAUUUAGCAUUGAAUCAAUAUAGCGACACAGCACACUGCCAACAUAGAAAUGAGUUAUGUAUAAGGUGUGUGCUGCAGCAGGACUCUUCUAUUGCCAUUUUUUAAGAACAUUCAGCGUCAUGUAGCGGUGCCGAUGCGAAGCCUGCACAUGGCCUCGAAAAUGCAUGGCACGCCGGUGUGUGUGGAUGCCGAGAAUUGCUGUCAACCUUGCCGCACACCCAGUGGCACAAGUUGGCGAGGGGAUCAUUAAAGAGCGGCAUAUACUCGGUACAUUCAUGGUGCACCUUGCUAAAGUGUUGGCGCGAAAGGCGUUCAUUGAAAAGCGGCACAUACCCUGUGCAUUUGUAAGUAUUGAGUUGCUGUCCUUGAGGAACCCUUGUGACGUGGGUUCGAUUCUACUUAGCAUUGGUUAAAUUUAAAGGUUUUUUCAUCAUUGUAGAGCAGCACAUUCCCAGUGGCACAUACCUAGUGACCCAGGCGUCAAAAAGGUUCAUUAAAGACCAGCACAGACCAAGUGGCCCAUACUCAGUGCUCCAAGUUGGCAUCAAAGAGUUCAUUGAACAGCGGUACCUACGCAGUCCCGCAUCUACAGUGACCAAUGUCUGCUUGAAAGAGGUUCGUUGGAGAGCGGCACAUGUAUACACAUUGCCACAUACCCAGGGACCCAAGUUGGUCCAGUGAUUGGUUUCGAACCACAUUUUCUCAGGACAGCAGCCUGAUACGCCACCCAUUUGACCACGGACUACCCAUUGACCGAGGUAGGCUGGAAAAUGGUUAGAUACAUACAUAAUUUCACAUGACUAUAACGCAAGACCCAUCGGCAUCUGCGAUCGACAGCAUUCUUGGCACAGUGCAGUGCACGCUAUCUUAUCACUGUGUGGAAACGCUACUGCCCAUCAACACAUCCAGUGUUAGUCAUGCACAAAUGAAGCUAUCUUUCGCAAGGGGUAGUUCGUGAAUACAGCCCAAGUUUGUCAGUGCGUGUUGCUGUGCAGACGUACACUUGCCCUUGACCCAGACAUUGUGUGGCCGUGAUUUUCUAACAAUGCCCUUCCUUUCCACGCUUUAUCAGUGAUCAGAGCAACUCUUCGCACAUGUUAUCACUGGGAUCAGCUGGCUAUGAGAGUCAUAGAAUCAAGCAGAAGGUGUUGCUUCAAAAUUGCGGCCCGUAUCUCGACCAUUGUCAUGCUGUUGCUACAGAUAGACAAAAGAACAGCACCGAAUUCUCAUCGGCGACUGCUAGAUCGACUAUAGUUUUGGUUUCCUGGAGUGCCGGCGUCAUAGUUGAUGACCAUGUUGGCAACGUGUCAAAAUUAAAAUAUUGCUAUUUCUGCUUGACUCAGUGGCCAUAUUAGGACACAGCCAUGCAGUCGGAGCAUGAAUUAUCGCAUGACACACUGUAAGGUGUUUGAAAUUUUGGUCAUCCUUAUACAUUGUCUAUGGGGCUAUAGUGGCAGUGCCUCGGGGCUGUCUGAGUAAUCAAGCGUGUCCAAAUUAUUGCUGUCCGAAUAAUCGAUCGUUGACUGUAUCGUGAAUAACACUUCUAAAGGACAAGUGACAACAAAAUAGUAAGAUUUCACUAACAUUCGGUUAACACCCUAGAGGCAAAGCAGUGUCGGGCACAAGAAGGCAAGGUGCAAGUAUUGGUGCCUCACAUGUUCACCUUUCCCCUACUAUGUAUUCACAAAAAUCAUGGUCCUGAUCAGAUUUGGGAGUUGUAUUUUGCUGCAAUUACUUUGGAUUGCACAAACGGGUAGUACGGGUAAACAUAUGUUAUGUGUAGUAGGCACAGAGAUAGCUGUAGCUGCCUCCUGAGCGGUUUCAUGUUCUUUAUACCGUUCUCUGCUUGUACCUUGGAACCCUCUUUCCUCUGCCUGGAUAUCCGACAUUUGUUUGUUUUGUCGAUGCUUAGCUAAGGGACCAUCAUGCCAUGUCUCUGGGACCUGCAUGUUAUCAUAGAGAAGAAAUAAGUGCCUGUUCAUUUUCUCUAAGGAUUGAUUUGAGGACAUAUCUAGUACUAUCUCUUUAUCGGGCCCUAUACACUGUCACUGUGGUGAAAUUGCAAUUUUCUAAGAACUGCUUCGUCAUGAUUACCUCGGCAAGACCUUUGAACGUUUGAGGCGCUUUUGAAAGUUCGACCCGCCUAUCGAAGUAUCCUCUAAGCCUAGCCACCUACUUCAUAGCCAUUUCUUCGUUCUUGAGUUUGGAGACUCCAUAAUGUUCCCUGUGCCCAUCUGCCGAAAAACAACACUGCAGCAGAGAUAGCCUGUAUUGGUCAUAGUCUAAGCACUCCUGCAGAGGUAGCCUGCCACAUACUUUCAAAGCUCCUUUUGUGAGGCACAUGCUCAAUGCAAUGGCCCACUGUGAUCUGCCCCGGCCUUGGCUGGUAGCGACAGAUUCAAAUCUGUUGAAAUAGGCAUCCAAAUGAUCUUGAGCGUCCUCAAACUGCGGGAGAAACUUGUACGGAUUUAUUGUUCGAGAGCAAACCACUUGUGCUGCUUCAUUGGGUUCUCCUGCCUGCGUUCUGUCCCCUCAGGCUGCCUCCAUCUCAGCAACUUUGAUGCGUAACUGAAAGCUGCACUCCUCUGCUUCUGCUCAUGCUCAUUCUGGCAAUGCACGUUCGAUGGUAAGCCACUCACGCUCCUUCGUGUCUUUGUGCUCAAUUGCUCUCAUCACGCUGACAAUUUUCCUCCUUUGUCAUCCACUCUCUCAGCUCUGACCCCAACGAGCCUAUCCAUUCUUUAAGUUCUAUUAUUCAUGGGUGUUCAUAACCUUAAUUAUGUGCUUAAAUGACAGAAAACAGUUUCGUCCUGUCUUGCGGACACCAAAUAAAUUUUUCUUUCUAACAUCCAUUUUCACAAGGGCCCUGAAUCAGCAAUUCAGAAACUUGAGUAACACCUUUGAAUGUGUUUCAUUUGAGUAACGUUUUCUUGGGAAGACUUUUUAGAAAAACCACACGUGUACAGCGCAGUUAGGCGCGCAACGUGGUUGGGAUACUUAUCGAUCUAUGCUUUACUGACAACGUAUUUGUUCACCUUCUUUAGGGUAGUUCGGGCCCUAGUAAUUAUAACUGCAAUAAUUGAAUUCGUCAUUUUAAAAAGUUGAGCAUGCUACAAUAUUGAACUCGGAUAAAUUAUCCCUCGUAUAAAAGAAUCGCUCAACAUUGUAAUGCCACAAUAGGAAUGCAUAGCAAACAGCAUGAGCACAUUUGAAUAACAGCACACACUCAAAGCAAGCCCAACGGACGGACGGAAAAAACUUUAAUGGAAAAAGGACCUGCGAGGUUGCCAGCCCGGGCUCAGGCCACCCGGGCAUUGUGUGCGGUGAGGCAUAGCCUUUCCACCGCUGCCCGGGCCCGCUGGAUAGCCCAUAAUUGGUCGUUUAGUUCUGAGCUAGUCAGAGCGCUUAGCCAUCGCUCCUCGAGAAGGUCCGGUUCUAUGUUGUCCUCUACGUAUACUGAACUGAUCUGUGUGCACUUCCACAAGAUGUGUGCCAUGUCUGCGUGUUCGUGUUUGCAGAGCUUGCAGCUAGCGUCUGGAUAUUGUGUUGAAUUUAUUCUGUUUAAGUGUACUGGGUUUCGGAACGUUCUGGUUUGCAAUCUUCUCCAAUCUGUUUCUUGAGACCUGUCGAGUUGUUUGUGGGGUUGUGGGUAUGCUUCUCUUUGUUUCGUGUAGCCCAAGCUUCAGGCAGUAUAGUAUGGCUCUAGAAGCUGGCUUUCCCACAAUGAUGUACAAAUGCUCAUCAUUGCACAUAACAUGUGAGCAUGCAGAGAAGACAUUGAGACAACAUUGGAACUGUGGCUUGUGUGACCAUUUUCCCAUCUCUCUUUAUGCUCAUCUGUUCGUGCUUUGUGACCAGUUGUGAAUGUGUACAAUUUUGGCUCGGCUUGCUAUGCUAGAAAGAAUUACCUAGGCUAACCAUGUUCGCACUCCAAACAUUAGGGAGCUUAAGUUUUGAAUGCUCAAAGUUGGGUUACGCAAACCCCUGGGCCUACGAAAGAAUGAAGGCAGGGUAUUGGGCUUUGGAUAUGCAAAGACACUUGGGUAGGCUAUUUGUAAAGCUCUUACUGUGGACAUGUGGUUCAUGACUGAGGAGUGUUCACUUAUACUUAGCAGGCGAUGCUGUGGAAAGCAUAUGCAAGUAGUGCGGUCGUUAAAGUCACUUCAUAUGUUUCACAGUGCAGUUGUUUUUGAUGUGUGAUGAUUUGUACAGGUUAACUAGUUCAUAUAUUGCAACUACAUGAGUCUCGGAGAGCAUGAAUGAAAAAUGAACUUUCCUGUUCCUACCUUUCGUCAGUUAAUUUUUCACAGUUUUAACAUGAAAUUGACACUGAUAAGUUCUCAAGCUGCAAACCGUACAUACAAAAGCAAAGAAUGAAUGAAAAGUUAAAACUUGUUAGCUUAAAAAAAGUGGCCAAUGGUUUGAAUUAGGCUGAGCUUGCCACAAACAGCGUUUAACUUAUUAUAUGCGGUAUACCAGAAUUUUUUUGCUGCAUCUGUAUAUGGCUGUCGUUCUGGCUCGGCUUUCCUCGUUUACAUCUAUCCAUAGCAUUGCUUGCAAUUUUUUUGCCUGCACAGAUUAUGGAGAGUGCCCACACAUUCCGUAACACAUACGUGACGCUAGUCAAGUAUAUUAACUCUAGGUAAAAAAAAAAAUCCCAGCAGAACCAACGUUGAGUUGAUGUUUUUGUAAGUGAUAGCUUAUGCAUUACGACAAGCGACGUGCUGCAGAUUUCAGUGAUAAACACAUCCCUCAGCCACCAUGGUGGGCCUUGCAGAGAAAGCGGAACUUUAUUCAGCAUUAAAACGUGUUGGAUCACAUCACAAGACAGGACAUUCUUGACCUUGUAGAAACAUGCCCCAGUACGAUGAGAGAAUUUUGCCGAUGAAGGCGUCCCUUAACUUCUGUCUUCAUUGUCAUCUAGAAGAUGCACGCGCCUAACACACCAAGUAUCUCAAAGCGCUGCCUAGUACAAGGGAAAUUUGUAAAGGUGUUUUAUUUUUAGGCAUGUGUCCCUGGCUUAGUGGUUAGAGCACCGGGCUUCUGUGCUAGGGGAACAGGGUUCAAAACCAAUCAUCAGAAAUGUAUUUUCUUCAUGUAUACAUACUGUAUUUGCACAUAAAUAAUGCGACCCAGAAUAUAAUGCGAUAGGCAACUUUCAGCCUCACAAAAAAAGAAAAAAAUAUAUUGCCAUUUAUCGCAAAGUGAUGCCACAAAGAAGCGGGAAACAACGCAUAAAAGCGCAUACCCACAAGGCUUUAUUUACAAUUACUGCAAACUGCCGUGGCAAAAUAAAGUGAAAGGACGAGUGCUUACACCUUUGUUACUGUCAGCAAGGAUGUCAUCAUUCUCCGUACGUGACACCCACCAGGGCUUUAUUGUAUUGGAUGAACAGCACUUCAGAAGUUCUUGUGACACAAUCGAACAUGGCAAAGCCUUUUACAGAUUGCGCGCUGUGAUGCACCACGUGACAUUGAAGACUGCUCGCAUAUGUCCACGAAUUUUGUGUAUUGCCCUUUGGCUAUCUAUGAAACUUCACCGUAGUGCACCAGUGUAACUCAAUGGGCAGCAUUUUUAAAAAAUGAUAUUUCAUAAGGUCGCCUGAAUUUCAACUCUGUUAGCCACAUCAGCAUAUUUAUGGCACUUAGUUGUAACGAUCUUGCUGCGUUACAGCCAAAUUUUGGUGAGGAUUAAAACACUGCUGUAACUCAGCAGGAAUGCUAUGAAUAAGUGCCAUAAAUAUGCACAUUAUUAGAAGGGCAUACCCUCCUUGACAUUGCUAACUGAAAGUUGUUGAAGUACAGGUGGCCUUUUGAAACCUCUUUUAAAAAUGUUGCCCAUUGCUUUACACUGGUGCAUUGCAGUGCAGCUCGACAGAUGGCAGCAGGGGCAAUGUCCAAAACUCCUGGGUAUGUGACGCGCCUGCCCUACAGUGCCUAUCGUCUUGCUCAAAGUUGCGAUUAAUACGGUGUAACCACACUGACGUGGAACUAACAGCAUUCUAAAUGAAGAGAAGGACGGUUUAAAUUGCACGAUGGCAACUUGCAACUCGCUGCUCUUGCGGCAAGGCGAAGAGCAUGGCGAGCAGGCGAAAUUAUUUUUUUAAUAGAACAUGCAUUAAUUAUUGCAUUAAAAUGCAUUAAAUUAUGCAUUAAAAAUGCAUAAUUUCUUAAAAUAGAAAAUGCAUGAUAUAUUGAUGUCACAAACCCAAAUAUAUUACCCAAGGCAUGUUUCGAGGCCAGAAAUUUUUAUAAGUGGACUCGCAUUAUAUUGGUGCAAAUAUGGCACGCACACACACAUACACACACAUAUGCCAAGCUAAGCCACUCUUAAGAUUACACAAAUGGCCAGAAACAUACAAACCAUAAAGUACAAGAGGGGAGGGCAAAAAAAAGGCUAUCGCUUUAAAAUUUUCUCAACUUCCAGUAACACUUACUAUUUAUGUUGGCUACAGUGAAAUGUAAACAACGAAAAGGGAUGUUGUGACUUGGCUUGUUGUCUCAAAAGUAAAUGUGGGCAAGGGCCAUCGAACAGUUCUUAUAUUGACUUUGCUAUGCAAGGUUGCUGUCUGCCAUAAUAAUGGACUACAAAGUUGUACCCUGCUUGUAUUUCUGAAGGACAACUUGUUCCAAUCUUUUUGUUUUACUGUGUUUAAGAUAUUGUUGUGGUGCAAAAACUGCGGCUUAAGGCUUAUAAUAGGCUGAUCUCACAAGUUUCACUCUGCCACCACUGCUGCAAUGGAUGUUGGCAUAGGGUUUUAUACAAUUACUAGUGUCUACGGGAGCUGCAAGCACGGCAGUUCAGCCAACAUGGGAAUAAAUUGUGAAUUGAUAAAUUGUAAUAAAUGAAGCCACAAGAACAUCUGAAGCCCCUAGCACAAAGAUCAGACAAAUCCAUGUACUACCCAUCAUUCCUAUUGUGGCUGAACAAUCGCAGCGCCUGGAUUCCCUCUAUGAAUUGUAGGAAACUUCAUGGCUGGUGAUAUACAUGUUGUUUCGGUGUUACUACACACAGUAGAAGUAAAGGCCCCCGAUAUUGUGAAUCAUACUUGUAUAACAAGGAAAAAAGUGUUAGAGCAUGUCUGCUUCCUGUUUUGGCAAAACAAUCCUUGGCAAAAACCUUUCUUGAGUAAAACUACUUGGUUUACUUUUCAUUCAACAGUUUCAUUCAACAAAAAAUAAAAAUUGCUUAUGGAGAUAACUUUAUUUGAGAAAUCAGUUUCAAGGCCAUGCUCUGACCAAGUCUUUGAAACAUGUACACUCACUGCACAUGAAGCUGAAUUUCGUGUCGAUGCACUAAUUUAUUUGUGCGUUUGCUUGGAAUUGAGCAGCUGAUCAACCGCUGCAUGUACACGUUUAAAACAUUUUGAAAUGACUAUACUUAAAGGUGAUGUUAUGCAGACAAAGCGGAACCACUGCAUGAUGCAUUUCUUAGAAUAAGUUCUAAGACAAGGGCCUAUAACAUUUGUUGAAAACCUCCUCCAUUUUCAACUGGCUCAUUCAAGUGUGCUGCAUCUUGUGCCACCUCAUUGCAUUUCUACUGUGCCCGAUUUCCCAUUUAACAUGUCCUGCUUGCCAUUAGAUUUGUAGUUAAGUUAGUGUGACUCUUUGAAAUCAGUGCUUAUAGGAUGGCCCAAAUUUAUUUUGAAACCAAAAAAUAUUGCUGCCAAUAAAUGAUAAUUUAUCUGCUUCUUGC